AUGAAGUGCCUCCAAACGGUUGCGUCCGUCGUCCUGCUGGCACUGUGCCUCCAUAUGGCUUCUGCCGAAAUAGUGAACACUCAGAAAUGUCCUGAUGAAGUCGCAGAUAAGUGUACCAUUCACCAUGUCUCGAUCAGGCCAUGCCCGGAAGCUGCGGAAGGAUCUCCAUGUACCUUCAACCGUUCGUCAAAUAUCACCAUAACAUUCGAUUAUACACCGGAGUUCUAUGCCAAUAACCUCACCAGUGAUGCGCUUUUGGUUUACCGGAAUUUUAAACAUUCUCUACCCUUCUUCGAAACGGAUAAAAAAGCAUGUCAAAGUACAAGCUGUCCGUUGAUAGCUGGUUUACGAGAAGUGUACGUCUAUGAAUUUAUCAACAAUAUAACAUUACACGAGCGCAUGUCUCAGCUGGAAUUCAAAAUGAUGUGGAAGCUUACGAGCGAGAAUAAAGAUCAAUGCUGCUUUAUGGUACCAAUCGUCUUCUCCAGCAACCCCACAAACACUUAA